GGUGACACCAUUCAGUUCGGUUCAGAUUGUUCACUUUGUUGGUUGAGAUUCUCGAAAAAAGAAACGGAAGCGCAAGAUGGCCAACAUGAUCGGUUCGAUUCCGGAGUUUAACGGUUCCGUUGACGACUGGAACGUGUACCAGGAACGGCUGGAACAGUUCUUCGAGGUGAACGACAUUGCCGCGCAGAAGCAGGUGGCGCUGUUGAUCAGCGUGAUCGGGGGUGACUCGUACAAGACGUUACGCGAUCUGUGCCACCCGGUGCUGCCCAAGAACAAAACGUUCGACGAGCUGUGCACGCUGCUGCGGAAGCAGUACAGCCCACAGGUCGCGGUGUUCCGGGAACGAACCAACUUCUACAACGCCCGCCAGGAAGGUUACGAAAACGUAACUCAGUGGUACGGUCGUUUGAAGAAGCUAUCGGUAGACUGCAAGUUCGGCGAGAAUCUGGAGUCGAUUCUGGUGGACAAGUUCGUGACGGGACUGCGAACGGGCCAGAUUCUGGACCGGUUGUGCGAAGAGAACGAAUCGCUCACGUUGGAGCAGGCGUUGGACCUGGCCGUGAAUAAGGAGUGCGCGUUGAAUGGGCAGCAGUAGGCUGUGCGUGGAUGUGAUAAUUGUGUGUGUGGGUGCUGAGUGUUUGUGUGAGCUACUAGAUCAAUUGAAUAAGAGUGCGAUGGGGGUUAGUGAGUGUGUGCGUGCGUUUAUCUAUUUUUAGUCAUUAAUUUAUUUGCUAGUGAUUUAAGGCACCAAGUUCAAUAGAUAAGAUAAUAUUGAAAAAAUACAAAAAAUCUUAUUACACAAAACCUGCAA